AUGGGGGAUUUCUGUUUCUGCACAGAACCUCCAAUUACCAUCACAAAGCCUCUGGAUGAUGUCCUUACUGUGGUGGGUGAGAAAGUGGAGUUUGAGGUGGAAGUGUCCGAGGAAGGAGCCAACGUCAAAUGGAUGAAAGAUGGAGUUGAGCUGAACAGAGAAACUGCAGGUUCAAAGUACAGGAUUAAGAAAGAUGGGAAGAGGCACAUUUUGAUCAUAAACGAAGCUACGAAGGAGGAUAUUGGGAUGUACUACGCCUUCACCAACGGUGGAGAGUCGAAGGCAGAACUGGAGGUUGAAGAUAAGGAGCUGCAGGUUCUGCAGAGCAUAAGUGACCUGACAGUGAAGUCUGCUGAACAGGCUGUGUUCAAGUGCGAAGUGUCUGAUGAAAAAGUGACGGGAAAAUGGUUCAAGGACGGGGUUGAAGUCCAGCCCAGUGAUCGCAUCAAAAUAUCACACAUCGGAAGGACCCACAAGCUAACGAUUGAUGAUGUGAAGUCUUCAGACGCUGGAGAUUAUACUUUUGUCCCUGAUGGCUACGCUAUUUCUCUCUCAGCAAAACUCAACUUCCUGGAAAUCAAGAUUGAAUAUGUUCCCCGACAAGAUCCUCCCAAAAUCCACCUGGACACCAGCAGUACCGGCAACAAGAACAUGAUCACCGUGGUUGCUGGAAACAAACUUCGCCUUGACGUUGAGAUCACGGGAGAGCCAGCCCCCACAGUGUGCUGGAUGAAGGGAGAUGAAGCGGUGGCUGAGGCCGAGGGACGAGUCCGUGUAGAGACGUGGAAAACCGUAAGCAGCUUUGUAAUAGAGGGGGCAGAGAAAGCUGACGAGGGCCGCUACUCCAUCACAGUGACUAACCCUUCUGGAGAAGACAAGGCUGAACUCUUUAUCAAGGUCGUGGAUGUGCCCAAUCCUCCUGAGAAUGUCAAAUGCACAUCAGUUGGCGAGGACUGUGCCACGAUCACAUGGGACCCUCCUGCAUUUGAUGGCGGAGUUCCCAUUAAAGGGUACCUGAUGGAGAGGAAGAAGGUUGGCUCGUCCAGAUGGACCAAGCUCAACUUUGAUGUUUACGAGUCCACCACAUACGAGGUUAAGAAGAUGAUUGAAGGUGUUCUUUAUGAGAUGAGAGUGUUUUCAGUCAACGGCAUCGGCGUCUCUCAGCCCAGUGGAAACUCAAAGCCCUUCAUGCCCAUUGCCCCCACCAGCGAGCCCACUCGUCUCAUGGUGGAUGAUGUGACAGACACUACCUGUGCACUCAAGUGGCUUCCUCCAGAUAAAAUCGGAGCGGGCGGCAUCGACGGUUACAUCAUUGAGUACUGCAAGGAAGGAAGUGACCAGUGGGUGCAAGCUAAUGAGACACCAGUGGCAAAGAACCAGUACAGGGUGAAGGAUCUCCCAGUGGGGGAGAAGAUGCUGUUCAGAGUGGUGGCAGUCAACAUUGCAGGCCGCAGCCCCCCUGCCACUAUCUCCCAGGCCGUCACCAUCAGAGAGAUUAUGGAGUCUCCAAAGAUCCGCCUGCCGCGCCAACUGAGAACCAAACUCAUCAGGGUUGUGGGCGAUAAGGUCAACUUGGUCAUCCCCUUCCAGGGUAAGCCUCGCCCCAUUGUGACCUGGUUCAAAGAAGGCGUUCCCCUGGAGGACAGUACGGUGGGAACUCGUACCAGUGAAGUGGACACCAUCCUCUUUAUCCGCUCAGCAGAGAGAACCCACUCCGGAAAGUACACAUUGUCUGUCCAGAUCGAGAACAUGUUGGACAGCGCUGACAUACACAUUCAGAUUGUAGAAAAGCCCGGGCCUCCCAUUGAUGUGCAUGUCACAGACGUCUGGGGUUUCAACGCUGCGCUGGAGUGGAAGCCGCCCAAAGACGACGGCAACUGUGAGAUUAUUGGCUACACCAUUCACAAGGCUGACAAGAAGACUAAGGAGUGGUUCAUGGUCUAUGAGCACAACCGUAGGCCCAGCUGCACUGUGUCUGACCUGGUCAUGGGGAACGAGUAUUUCUUUCGAGUGUACAGCGAAAACAUCUGCGGCCUCAGUGAAAAUCCUGGCAUGAGCAAGAACACCGCCAUCAUUACCAAAACAGGUUUGUGCUAUAAACCUCCACCCUUCAAAGAGAAGGAUAUAAGUGCAUCCCCGAAAUUCACAGCACCCCUGGUGGACAGAAGUGUGGUUGCAGGUUAUGCCACCGCCAUUAGCUGUGCCGUCCGUGGCUUCCCCAAGCCAAAGAUCACUUGGAUGAAGAACAACAUGAUCAUUGGUGAAGACCCCAAGUUCCUGAUGCAGAACAACCAGGGUGUAUUGACUCUAAAUAUACGCAAGCCAAGCCUGUUCGAUGGGGGCAGAUACACCUGCAGGGCCGUCAACGACCUUGGUCAUGACGAGGUGGAGUGCAAGCUGGAGGUUCGAGUCGUACAAGAGAAAAGAGAGGAGGCGAAGAAAUGAGCGACAGAACGAAACAGCAGAGGAUACAGUUGAACAGGAAUAGUAGUGGAUUAUGUAUAAUGGGAUAGUCAUGAAUAAAUAUGAUUAGAAUAGAUCACUGGUGAGGCUUUAAAGCCAACCCCCCCCUCCCCCAUACGCUUGCUUUUCACCACUGCUAUGAUGAAUGCCACUUCAGUAAUAUGCCAUAAAUUCUAGAUUCUUACAGCAAGCUGCCACCUUGUCACUCCCUGACUGAGAGACACCACAGUAUAGUGUAGUAGCGCUGCCCUGCUGUGACCACACACAGAUGGAUCCUUCUUAUCUGUGAAGUGGACCUGUCACUGAGCACACUUAUAAAACAGCCUUUCAUCCAU